ACUCUUGAACAGAAUUAACGUUUGUGCAGCCUGAAGACAUCGCCUCAGUGCAUUCAUCAAGAUUUUAUUUCUGGGGGCACUUUAAAUAUAAAAGUUUUUCCUAAGGCUCUCCCCUCCCCAUUUUUAUUUACAGAAGACAUCGAAAUAUUCUCUCAUCCUCUUCACUUAAAAAAAAAGGCAUAAAACAAUUAUUUCACACAGUAUUUGACUUUCCUGGAUUGCUGCAGACUUUAUUUGUGGACUGAAAUCUCUGAGUAAAUCGCCUGGACCGCUCGUAUAUGUGAUUGGUUUAACAAGUACCUUUAUUCUUCAGUGAGAGAUCAUGGAGCGCGACUCUACCGCGGGAGGGGCGGAGGACCUGCUCCUGGAAGACAAAGUUUCAAAACUGCGUGCAGGAUCACUUCACAAACACGAACUAGCUGAGGCCAUGGAAGUGGAACAAGAAGGACUGGUAGAACAUCAGCCUCUGGAGCAGGACGACCUUAACUUUGAGAAAUGGAAGCCCAAGCCAAAGCCCAAGAGGACGCUGCAUGAGAAAAUCGAUGACUUAAAGACUUACCUAUGGAACGCAGAGACUAAGGAGUUUAUGGGCCGCUCGGGGAAGAGCUGGAGCCUUAUUCUGCUCUUCUACUCAGCAUUAUACAUUUUCCUUGCGGCUAUGUUUGCUGGUUGUAUGUGCUGCCUGAUGUGGUCAAUUAGUCCGUAUGCUCCCACAUACAAUGACAGAGUGAUGCCACCAGGUAUGACUAUGUUUCCUCAUGUAGAUGUAGCUCAUGGGUUUGACAUUGCUUUCAAUGCCUCUGACCGAAGCUCGUGGAGGAAGUAUGCGAAAGCACUGGAAGCCCAUCUGAAACCCUAUGACGACGGAGUGCAGGACAGGCGGAACAUUAACUGUGAACGAAAUUCGUAUUUCAUCCAAGAUGACUUAGAGGAGAGUGCCGAGCGCAAGGCAUGUCAGUUUAAGAGGUCCUGGCUGGGUGAAUGCUCCGGCAUGAAGGACAAAGAUUUUGGCUAUUCAAAGGGAAAACCCUGCAUCCUCGUCAAAAUGAAUCGGAUUCUUGGGUAUCUGCCUGGUCAAGGCACUCCAGUAAAUGUUACAUGUGGAGUUAAGAAAGGGUCAACUGAAGGCCUAGGGGAAGUCCAGUUUUUUCCAGAAAAUAUCUUUAACUUGCAGUACUAUCCCUAUUAUGGGAAACUGAGACAUGUGAACUACUCUUCCCCUCUGGUGGCUGUGCGCUUUCCCAGUGUCAAGUAUGACACCCAACUACACAUUCAAUGCAAACUAAACGGCAAGGGCAUCAUCAACGAUUCAGCAACCGACCGUUUCCUGGGUAGUGUGUCUUUCACUUUAGAAGUGGGUGCGUAGGGGGGCAGUAGACCUAGAUAAAUCGAAAUUAAAAUUCUCAAGAGUAUGUUAUAAUAAAAGAAAUAGCACACUGGGUUUUGUCUUUACCCAUUAGGCCUCUGAUUAUGCCUCCAGCAGCCACUG